UCUCUCUGCAGCCUGCUUCAGAGUUCGGACUUCAGAGGCCGCCAUUCGCCAACAGAAGACCGCUUCCUCGUUAUCGUCAGCCCAGCCGCGCCCCCAUUCGCCCGGCGAACCACCUGCCCGCCAUGGCCGCCUCUGCCAAGGUCGCGCGCCUCACCACCCUCGCCCUCUUCUCCCCGACCCCGACCCCCUCCGGCCCGAAACCCAUCAACCCCAGAGCCCGCGCCCCGCCGCCCAUUUCCAUCUCCAUGGACCCGGCCCUCGUCGACCCGACCCACCUUCAGUCCCUCAUGCUCGCCUGCGCCCACUCCUGUGCCCUACGCCUCUCGCCGGCGACGCCGGCCUCCGCCAUCGAGCCGGUUGACCUUGGCAAGCUCCGCACGGCGCUGGCGCACAGCUUCAUCGUCGUGUCUGUCUUCUGCGGCGCCAGGUACUUGGCCGACGCCGGGGAGGAGGAGGGGCAGAGGUUUGGCUUGGACCUCGGCCUAGCGCGGCAGGGGGAGCAGCGGCUCGUUGGAUUUGGGCGCGCCGUCUCCGACCUCGGGCUCACCGCCUCCGUUCAUGACGUCGUGGUUCAUCCAUCACUACAGAGGAGAGGAAUUGGCCAAAAAAUAGUGGACAAAAUUACAAGGGUACUUCAUAGCAGAGGUAUAUAUGACAUUUCUGCAUUAUGUACAGAAAAGGAGAGGCCUUUUUUUGAAGCUUGUGGUUUUGGUGAUGAUAUGAUGGGUUCAACAACAAUGCUGUAUACUAGAAACGUGCACAAAUAGAGUUCAUACAGAAAAUCACCAAUUGGCACGAUGACCUGGUUGACAUGAUGGUUUGUCUGUUGAUGUUUAGUUGUUUACUAGUACUGUUUGAAAACACCACUCCAGCAAGUCAUGAGAUAUCAGUGAUCUCAGUUUGCUCACUUAUUGGAGGGAGUAACCACAAGAUGAGUUUGGAGAAGCCUUUGUGCGUUGUAUUAGUGCGUGUGCGAGACAGGCAUUUUUCAGUGUUCAGACCAACAUCUGAAUUUUCUAAUUGCUGCUGACUGUAAAAUUCAUUGUAAUUAGAGACAUACAUAUACAUAUCAUGAAUGUUUCUACUGAUUCAAAUAUUUUACUACUUUAACAAGAUUUAGGAC